AGGGCAGCCCUGCCAUUGCUCACCGCCAUCCCUAAUCAGGGUCAGGAGAUUUUGCAAUCUGGGACAUUAUUUCUGUGCAGUUGGAGUUUAAACUUUGCCACUUGGGUCAGGACAACACAGAGGAGGAGGAGGAGGUGGCCGGGCUCGGUGUCCGCCCCGCUCUUCUGCGCACUGAGGGGGUUGAGAAGACAGCACAGAUCCGUGGGAAUGGGAUCUCACACAGCCAUGGCCUCUGGCGUGGACAGCCUCGACCUGCUGGACCUCCUCUUUGACCGCCAGGAUGGGAUCCUCCGCAGUGUGGAGUUGGGGACGCCGCCAGGCACUUGGCACGAGGACGGGCGUGCCCAGGACAGCGAGGACUUCCUCAGCUCCAUCCUGGGCUCUGGGGACUCAGCGUCGGACUCGCCCAGCUGGUCCCCAGCCGCCAGCGACAGUGGGGUCUCCGAGGACCCCCCCUCUGACCAGCUCGACAGCCCCCCCAGAUGCUGUGAUGGGGGUCCCAGCGAGGUCCUGUACCCCUACACCAACCCCUGUCGGGCUCUGUCCCUCCCAGGGGGGACUGGGGCCCUGCACCCUGAGGUCUCCAUCGACCUGGACAUGUGGCACCCCGGCUUCUUCCUGGAGGAGAGCCAGGACCUGCCCGUGGUCUCCCCACCCGCAUCCUGCACCCUCACCGUCAAGGACCUGCUGCUCUCAGGCAGCUCUGAUGCCCAGCCGCAGGUGCCCGGCUCCCUGCUGAGGCAGAGCCAGGGGCAGUUCCAGGAGCUGGUGCUGACCGAGGACGAGAAGAAGCUGCUGGCGAAGGAGGGGGUGUCCCUGCCCACGCAGCUGCCCCUCACCAAGUAUGAGGAGCGGGUGCUGAAGAAGAUCCGGCGGAAGAUCAGGAACAAGCAGUCAGCUCAGGAGAGCCGCAAGAAGAAGAAGGAAUAUAUUGACGGGCUGGAGAGCCGGAUGUCAGCGUGCACAGCCCAGAACCAGGAGCUGCAGAGGAAAGUCUUGCACCUGGAGAAGCAGAACUCGUCCCUCCUAGAGCAGCUGAAGAAGCUUCAAGCCCUCGUGGUACAGUCAAGCAACAAGGCAGCGCAGACAGGAACCUGCAUUGCGGUCCUGCUCCUCUCUUUCACGCUCAUCGUUUUCCCCUCCAUCAGCCCCUUUGCCCCCAGCAAGGCCGAGGCAGACGGCGAUUUCAGACCUGUGCGAGUUUUCUCCAGGUCCCUGCACAACGCAGCUGCCUCCCGCGUGGCUUACACACAGCCCCAAGCCAGGGAUGAGAAGCCCCCAGAGCCGCUGUGGCCAGAGCACCUGGGCGAAGCCCCCGAGACCCUGCACGAAGCCUUCGGUGGCCGCACAUUCACCCCACGCCUGGACAAAGUCUCCCCCCAUAACGGCACACAGCUGCUUGCCUCGGAAGGGCUGAGCAGCAGGGAUGGGGAUCGAGCUGACAGCAUUUCAGGGGAUGGCACCACACCGCACGGUGGCCUGGCAUCGCUGGCCUGGACCGAGGCUGGCCACAGCAGGCCCACGGUGCUGGAGCCGGCUGAGGAGCUUUAAGCAGCACCCAGGGACCACGGGGGAUGCGAUGGGGUGGCUCAGCACCUCAUCCCCUAUGGGAUAAGCCCUCGGGGUGACCCCUCUAGGAUCUGCUUCCAGGCACGGGCAGAUGCUGGACCCGCUUGGCUUUGCUUGUAUCUGUGAACUGGGAAGAUGAGACCGGUUCCCAUUGGCCUCACUGGGAGGGAAGGGGCUGCUCCUGUCCCCCGGGUGCAGCAGGAGUUGUGGAAGGGACACAGGGUCGCUGAGGAUGGGGACGAGCAAACUGGAGGGGCCCUGGGCUGGUUGGCUAUUGAUGUUGCAACUGGUUGGUUUUGGUUUGGUUUUGGUUUUUUUUUUAAGCUUUAUUUUCAUCUCUAAAUACAAGGUAUUUUGGAAAAAAUUCACUUGCUUUAGUUUAAUAUGGGGUGAUCCAGAAGGUUUCAAGGACCCUUGGGCCAGGGAUGCCUCAAACCCAGCUGCCAUGAGGCAGUACAGUCCAACAGAGCUGGGACACGUGGCCAGACCCAGCCUAGGGCUGCCCUGGGAGCAGUGGGCACAGCAGGAGGCAGAGGGGAAGGCAGUGGCACC